UAAAUGUAAUUAAAAAAAAUAUAGUACGAGCCUAAAAGGGCAAUUUACCCCAUUAUAAACCUAAAGAAAUCACAAAAAGGCCAUUUGAAGACCGUAACUAUUAAAACGAACGUAAAAAAACUUGAUCUCAUAAAGAUUUUCAGGUACAUGAAGAAACACGCAGUAUACAAAUUGCUGACUUUUGACUUCAUAUAAAAAUAUUAUUCAACAGGAAGGUUUUUCUUCAAGCAAUUAGACAUUUCCAGAGUGUUUUGCGAGAGAUUCCAUUAUGAAGUUGCUCUGGCUUAAUGCACUCUUCCAUUGUUGGAUAUUUACUACUGUUUUGGCUUCCAUAAAGGUCACGCGAGAAGGUAGUGAUCAAUUUGAAAAAAUACCUGGCUACACAUGCGAACAUUUUAACGCAUACUACAAUCCAAAUCCGAUAUCGAAAUGCUCUUGUAAUGGACAAGACUUUUACAGCGUUGACAGUACUCAGGCUGCUUCGUGUCAUUCAGGAGGAGGAAGACCAUUAGGCUGUCAUCUCACUUCAUUUACGCCUUUACUCACUCUUGGUGAUACUUCCGCAGCAUUGGAAUUACCAUCAUCAGUUGGAUAUUGUUCUGGUACAAGACGCAUGACCUGGUACAAAUGGGAUGGGCGGGGGUGGAACUAUGAAUCUACUACUUCAUUUAACUACGUGUACGAGCAAAGAAAUUUGAAAAUACAGUGGAAGCAAGACUUACUACUGCGAACAAUUGUAUUUGGCUUACACUAUGAAGGAGAAGUUUUCAAAAUUGAUAUGUCUUGCAAUGGCCUGAGACGUGGAUGCUUUGUUGUAAAGGGAUGGGGAGUUGAUGAUUAUGACAACGGACCAGGUCAACUUUCCAACGUAGAGAUUAGGCGGCAAAAUACUGAUGAAUUUCGAAAUAUUGGAAGUAACAGGUGUCAGGAUUUUAAUGCUCGAAGCAGUUCUUACGGGUGUUCGUGUACCGGAAACGACUUUUAUAGUACAGGCACAGGUCGAGCCGCUUCAUGCUACCCUGGUGGUGGGAGAAAUUUAGGAUGUUAUCUUAGUUCAUCUACAGCUGUAAUGACUGCUGAUGAUACUGCUGCAUCAGUGCCUAUGUCAGCAAGUGAUGGACGAUGCUCGGGCACCAUAAGCAUGUCUUGGCAAAGAUGGAAUGGUAAAAGUUGGGUUGCUGAUUCAAGCAGUACUCUCAACUACGAGUAUGAAUAUGGUUAUCUUAAUUUAAAGUGGAAAUUCCUUGUUCCUCAAUCACUUACAUUUAAUGCACAUUAUAAAGGAGAACUAUACAAACUGGACAUGUCUUGUCGUGGUGUUCAUCGUGGAUGCUUCCUUAUUAAAGGCAGUGGAAGCGACUCUUUUGACGUACUAUCUCCGCCCCCUCCGUCGCCACCACAACCACCACCACCACCACCGCAGCCAGAACUUCAAAUAGAGAUAAAGCGACAAAACACUGAUGAAUUUCGCAACAUCGCACAUUUCACUUGUGCUCAUUUUAAUGCAGGAAGCAGUUCCUAUGGAUGCUCGUGUAACGGACAAGACCUUUACAGUACGAACACCUUAUCAGGUCCAUCGUGUCAUGCAGGUGGAGGUAGAGAUUUAGGUUGCACUCUCAGUGCAUCUACAUCGCUCAUUACUGUGGAUGAUACAGCUACUUCUGUAGUAAUGUCUUCUUCUGUGGGUGAAUGUUCUGGUGGUACACAUAGUGUUACUAUACAAAAAUGGAAAGGACAAGCAUGGAUAAAUUUUUAUGAAAGAGAUUUCAAAUAUGUUUAUUUAAACGGACGUCUUCAGUUACAGUGGAUCAGUUAUAGAAUAACUGGAGUACUUUCAAGAAUAGCUCGAUUUGCUGCUUAUUAUGGUGGAAGGAUUUUCAAAAUUAAUCUUUCUUGUAAUGGGAGUAAUCGAGGAUGUUUUCUAGUGAAAGGAGCAGGAACAUCGACACAUGGAACAAAUGCACCGCCACCACCUCCACCUCCGCCACGACCUUCAACUCCGCCAACAACACCAACAACGACGACAACACCAACAACGACGACAACACCAAUAACGACGACAACACCAAUAACGACGACAACACCAAUAACGACGUCACCACCACCCUUGUUUAAUGUCAUACGGGAAGGCAGCGACCAAUUUGAAAAAGUACCUGGUUACACAUGCGAAGAUUUUAACGCAUACUACAAUCCCAGUCCGAUGUCGAAAUGUUCUUGCAAUGGACAGGACUUUUACAGCGUUGACAAUACUCAAGCUGCUUCAUGUCAUCCAGGAGGAGGAAGAGCCUUAGGCUGUCACCUUACUACGUUUACACCACUACUCACACCUGACGAUACUUCCGCUUUGUUGCAAAUGCCAUCUUACGCAGCACAAUGUUUUGGAACAACAAUCGCCACGUGGAAGAAAUGGAAUGGAAAAACAUGGGAAAGCUUUUCUGGCACCUCCUUCAACUAUAUAUAUGAACAUGGUUUUCUAAAGAUAAAGUGGAAGUGGUAUAUUGUUCAAACGACUGUAUUUUCUUUACAUUAUCAAGGGGAAAUGUUUAAAAUUGAUAUGUCUUGCAAUGGUGUUGCUAAAGGAUGCUUUGUCGUGAAAGGAUGGGGAGUCUCAAAUUAUCAUAUCAAUCUUCCACCUGUAUUAUCAACACCCACGCCGUCACCAGAGCCUGGUUUUGAUACACUAGUGGAGCGGAAAAGCAUUGACGAAUUUAACGAGCCAGGAAAUUAUUUUGGAUGUUCUCGUUAUAAUGCAAGACGCGAUGCGAUUGGUUGCGUGUGUAAAGAACAGGACUUUUACAGCAUUGAUGGAUUCUCAGGUCCUUCAUGCCAUGCUGGUGGGGGAAGAGAUUUAGGUUGCACUCUUAGUACAUCUACACAACUUAUUACCUUGGACGCUACAGCUGCUUCUGUAGUAAUGUCAUCAUCUUCUGGACAAUGUUCCGGCACGCGAAGUGUUACCAUAAAAAAAUGGAAAGGAAAAACAUGGGAAGAAUUCUAUGAAAGAGAUUUUAAAUAUGUUUAUUCCAACGGACGUCUUCAGCUACAGUGGAGAAGUUACAUCAUCACCGGUGUAACUACGAAAUCAGCCCGAUAUAAUGGUUAUUAUUCCGGAAGACUGUUUAAAAUCAGUCUUUUCUGCGAUGGUACUAUUCGUGGAUGUUUUUUAGUGAAAGGAGCAGGAUCAAUUAGGUAUACAACAAACAUGCCACCACCACUAAUAACGACACCAACAACGACACCGUCCACACAAACAACAACGCCAACGACACCAACAACACCAACAACGCCAACAACGCCAACGACACCAGCAACGACAACAACUAUCUCAAAAGGCUCACCUGAGUCAAACCAGGCAAAAAAUCAAAUGAGUGAAGGAAGCUCGAACACGAUGAUAUAUGUUGGUGCAGGAGCUGCUGCUUUUAUUAUUCUGAUGCUCCUUAUCUUCUGUAUAGUUUGUAUACGAGCAAAAAAGAACAGAAACCAAUCACAGCACACAAUAGAGGAAACUAAAAAGCAUUCUGACAAGGGCCAAGGUUUUCAUCAAUCGAAAGCUGCUUCGAAUUACAGGGUCGACAAUAUGUAUGCAAGCAUUAACAAGCCUGUCUACCAAGAAAUUAACACCAGCUACGAACGGCCCUACACAAAAUCAAGUAAUGAGCAUACAUACGCAUACGCCAAAUAAAGUACAAACAACAACUAAUGUUUGUUUCAGCCUGUUUCUGCAGGUUCAUUUAUAAUGUAUUUGUUGAUUUUAUUAAAGUAUAUAAGUACUGAUUUCAAAGGGGCAACAAAUCGGUUAAAUUAAGCACGCCGUCAUUAGUAUUAUUCUUAAUCCUCACACAUUCUAAUGACGGUGUGUUACAAACAGGCCACCCAAUAGGUGCAAGAGAUCAUAUAAAUUUUCUAACCACAUAGGCGUCUAGACAACCUAUUAAUGAAUGUUUAUUUUGAAAGGUGAAUUUGUUGUUUUGAUUGUCAGUGAAACAUAGGAGUAUCAGUAGAAUUGCAAAUUUAUUUUGGAGGAGAAACAUAGUCGA